UAGGGCUGAGCUGUUCACCUGGACUUCAGCAGCAGGCAAAGUACAGUUGCAAAGAAUUAGCUCUGUGAUUUGUCUCAGCUUUUUCUUUCUGAGUCUUCACUUGAAACUAAAGAGGGACUGACUCCGAAGAAGAUGAAUUUGAGAAGUUCAGUGGGAUUUAUUCUACUGUUACUCUUUAAAUGUGCUGUGUGGACAAGUAGUGAAGAAACUGUGGUGCUUGCUAAUGCCCACCUUCUCCCUCCAGGCGGCUACCAGAGAUUGAGUAACAUCAAUGAAAAAGAAUAUCCAAGAGAUUGUUACGAGAUUUUUCAGCACUCUGAACGAAGCGCCAAGGAUGGUCUUUAUGUCAUUCAGCCAAUGAAAGAGCCUAUUGUUACUUACUGUAAUAUGCAAGAUGGUGGGUGGACCGUAAUUCAGCAUAUUACAGCCAAUAGCACUGUGGACUUUGAUAGGCUAUGGCAGGACUACAAGUAUGGAUUUGGCUCAGUUCAUGACAACUACUGGUUAGGGAAUGAAUAUGUUUAUCAGUUAACUAACACAGCAAGGCCCUAUACACUUCGGGUCAAACUUGUAGACCUAAACGCUGAAAUCAAAUGGGGAGAAUAUGAACCAUUCAAAAUAGAAGAUGAGGCGUCUCAAUACAGAAUCAGGCUUGGCCUAUACAAAGGAAAUGCUGCUGAUGCCCUAACCCAGGAUACAGAAGCUUAUCUCCAUGAUAAUCAAAAGUUCACUACAAAAGACAGAGACAAUGAUAACUAUUUUCAGAAUUGUGCCAAAAUAGAGUAUAACGGCAUUCCAGGGGGAGGGUGGUGGUAUGAUUCUUGUGCUGGAGCAAAUCUAAACCGCAGGAAUGUUAUAUACUGGCAGAAAGACUGUACUAAGGAACAUUUGUGCAAGUUUGCCUGGAUGAUGGUCAAGCCCAUUGACCCUGAGCAGUGUCCUACUAAGGCUUGUCCUUGUCAAAAAGAUGAAUUGUAGAUAAUAUUAUUUCAUUAUAAAGUGAGACAAUAAAAUCAACUUCUAAAAAUCUCUUUUGAAAAGUUUUCUUGAUCUCUUGAAUAGAGUCCAUCAGUUCACUUUUUGUUUAC